AUGUUGGAAAGGGACGAGGUCUCUUGGAAUUCGAUGAUUUUGGGGUAUGUCUACUGGGGAGAGGUUGAAAAGGCAAGGGAGUUGUUUGAAGAAAUGCCUCUAAGAGGGAAUGUGGUUUGUUGGACUGCAAUGAUAAAUGGGUAUGGGAAAGAAGGGAAUUUGGUGGAGAUGUUGGACUUGUUUUGUGACAUGCUAGUCUCCGCUGAUGAGGCCGAACCCAACUCAGCAACAAUGGUCUGCCUUGUCUCUGCAUGUUCAAGUCUUGCUAAUUUUGAAGUUGUAAGAUGGAUUUCUACGUUCAUUGAUGUUAAUGCCAUUCCUCUGAACAUUUUCUUGUCUACUGCUCUUAUAGACAUGUACUCAAAAUGUGGAGAUGUUGAGAAGGCUCGAAGAAUCUUUGACAGAAUGUCCAGCAAGAAUUUGGCAUCUUGGAAUGCCAUUAUCACUGGUUAUGUGCAGAAUGGUUUAAUGGAAGAGGCAAUUCAAUUAUUUAUUGCAUGA